CACGCGCUGACCAUCAUUCUGGCAGUACAAGUGAUCAUAUAUCUAAGCGUCCAUUUGGCCCAGCUAACGGCUUGGACCUGCCUGGAAGCAACAGUUGCAGGUCUAAUACCUGUACCUCUUGGAACUAUUCGGACAUCGGUAUUGUAGGGGUUCGUAAGCCAGCAUGCCCAGCUACGAUGAUUCGACGGGCAAGUCUAAAAUUACCGAGGCCAAGACCCGUUUCACCGCGCUAGCGACUUUCUUCGCGUUUGGGCUGUGCUUGGGCAUCGUAAUAUCAGAGCGCGUUUAUGUACAGAAGAGGGCGCUGAUCCCUAAGCCUCGGCAGCUGGUCACCGAGAUAGCUAACCGGAUGCAUGUCGGCCACCACACGGCUGUUGCUGGCCCUCGUAAUGACCUGGAGGCGUAUCUCAUGAAGAUAGCUCCACAGAAGGAGCUCUUGCUUGCGGUGGCCAACAAAAACACUAUGUACGACGGUAUGUUGGACACGUUCACCCAGGGGUUCAAGCGUGCCAAGGUGUCCAACCACAUGGUGCUGGCACUGGACCAGGAGACAGUAUUGUGGUGCCAGCAGAACGGCAUCAACGUCUUCCUGAUGAACGUUACCAUCGCAGCGUCGCAACAAGGCACUGGCGACAACCAUGCAGUCUCAGCGCUGAAGUUCGGCAUUUUAAGGCGUUUCGUCGAAUUGGGCUGGGCCGUCCUGCUGUCAGACGUAGAUAUUGCGAUUUUCCAGAACCCCUUCGAGCACAUAUAUCGUGACUCGGAUGUGGAGGGUAUGACCGACGGCUUUGACGAACACACAGCGUACGGCUCUAUCGAGGGUUUCGACGAUCCGUCUAUGGGUUGGGGCCGCUACGCGCAAUAUUACAAGCAUUUCAACCUGAAUUCUGGCUUGUUCUACAUUCAGGCCAACAACCGCACCCUGGAUCUCCUUACUCGCCUGGAGACGCGUCUCAGCAGGGAGAAAUACUGGGAUCAGACCGCAUACAACGAGGAGAUCUUUUUCCUCUCCCAUGGUAGCUACAAGAGCCCGCAGGUCAGCGUGCGCGUCAUGGAAAUUGACAAGUUCAUGAACUCUAAGCGCCUCUUCAAGGACAUACGCCACCGGCCCAAGGAUCAGAGGCCUCCUCUUCCCGUCAUGGUGCACAUCAAUUAUCACCCCGAUAAACAUGAGCGGCUUAAGGCCGUAAUCCAGUACUACAUUGGAGGCAAUGAGCACGCGCUUGAUUUAUUCCCUGGCGGCAGUGAACCCGGUACCCGGUAAUUCACUAAUAAUGUGCAAUCUGGUUACAGGAUCUAGCCUAUACAUAUUUCCCCGGAUUUGUCGUAAUGUGGCGCCGUGUAUGGCCCUGAUGGGAAACUCGUGCAUGCCAUCUUGUUAGGUGUAGCGGUUGGCGUGAUACUUGGUGCGUGGGCCUGUGGGUGAAAGCUUGUGAGCGGUUAUAAACCUUGUACUACAAAAAAUACGCGAUCCUUACUCUUGAAUAUAUUGGCAUCAAAAGGCUUCAAUCCGACUUGUUCGUUUACAUGGCUAAUGUGACGGGACAAUAAGGUUUCCCUUAGCUCUCGGGUAGGACCGCUUGGCACAGAGGGCAGCAUGCUUUAAUUCGAAGCCAUUCAUCGAGGCACGCGGCGUGGUGAUAGUGAACGCACUGGAUGCUCUUGAGCUGAUCGCCUGCCGAGAAAUUGCCCAGGCAAAUGCAGCAGGUCUGGCCCAGAAGAGGAGUCGACUCGGAGCAUGUAACAGUCGGAAUGCUCUCGAUAGUGCUAUCGCAAGCCCCUGCACUCGAUUUGGAAGCAAGGGCACGGGACACAAGGCAACACGUUGCACGUACUCAAAAACUCUUGUAGUAAGCACGCGCAAUGAGCAUGUGGCCAAGAGGCAUUGGGAUUUUAAGCAUGCUGCCAUAGGUUUGCUAAGGUGAAGAUGUGUAGACCUACCUGGCACAGUGUCGUUGUCCUGCAUCAGGCCGACUCGCCGCGGGAAUGCCCGUAGCACGCUUAGCAGCUGCCUGCGCCAGCGAGCAACAAUAGUUCCAAAAUUAGUGUAGGAUUGAGCCCAUUCUGGCCGACGGAUUUGCAGUGCUAGAUUUCUCUGCAAUGCAUUGCCAUGGCGUCACGCUUGCGGCUGAGAGCAGAAAACGAUGUGAUGAGCGCUUCAGCUAAACUACAUGUUAUUGUACUUGCGCCUC